AUGUCUAGGCCUUUAGGUCCUGUUCUGUCUUUCUCUUCUGCAGUUCUUGCUCCAGCUCUGGCUGGAAAUGCCAAUCUGGUGAUUCUCCCAGGCCUCUUAUUCUAUACUGAGGCACAAGCUUUGUCUGCCUGUGAAAGAAUAUGGUGUUGUGAGCCUAUUCAAAAAUCUGUGCUUAUUGCUGGUUUGGAUAAUUCAAACCAGUUAGCUGUCUGCACCCAGCUUUAUGAAAGUAUUCUUGUAACUAGAGCUGGAGCCCAGCUGCUACUAGAACAGAAGUGCUUUGUCUGGAACAAAGCUCAGUAA